AUGACAGUGACGACAGCAACAACAAAGAGCCCGACGGAGAGGCUGACGGAGAGGAUGAUGAGAGAGGGGGAGAAUGAUGAACACUGGCAAGAGCUCGCAGAUGCACUACCUUCGCAACCUCCAGUCGCUCGUCCACUCACACCUGAAUUUGAAUUCCAGUAUUCACGUGAUGAAGAUGAUGUUGUUGCCCUGACGAGCCUUGAUAAAACCUCCCGGAACGAAGCUCUCAGGGGCCCUCAGGACAUCUCACCAGGCCUACAGCGGCAACAGUCCCAACACAUUGAGACCAUUACCUUGAAGCCCGAGGAUGUAUUGCAGUGCCACCAUGAGAAAAACAGAAAGCCCCGUCUUCCUGACCCUGACUCCCUCAAGCUGCUAAAUCAAGAAACCGAGUCUAGCGUUCAGCCAUCAAGAGCCAAAAGGUCCAAGGCAUCGGGUAGUGGGCCAACACCCGAUCAACUAUCUUGGUAUGGCCCACGCUGGAAGCGUUUUAUGGAGGAUUGCCAAAGCGGAAUGUCGCCUGCAACAUGCCCUGGAGAAUCCGUUUCCAGCCUUGGAACGGUGAACAAUUUGAAGCUGGGGUUUGGCCUGAGCAAAAAAUUAAUAUGUCCUCGGUUGCUGUACGACGAUCUUUCAACUUGGCGAUCAGACUUGAAGAAAACUGCCAUAAGCAUUGCACCACUAUCGUAUUCGCUCAUUCCCCUGCUUUCGGUCCCCGCUCAAGAACGUGCUGCUUGGAUUGAACAUGCGGCUGCUGGUUUGAUCAAAGAAUCGCUAUUUUUUACGGUUUGGGGGUGGACGAAAUGGGGAAAACGCGAAAUUUUGCCCAUCCCGCCCUUCGUGAGGGUUGCCAUCGCAUUCUUUUACACAGGGCCAUUGUCACAACCCUUUUAA